AUGAUGGCAUAUAUGAACCCCGGGCCUCACUAUCCGGUCAACGCCUUGGCCCUGAGUGGCCCCAGUGUGGACUUGAUGCACCCAGCUGUCCCCUACCCAAGCGCCCCUAGAAAGCAGCGGCGCGAGCGGACCACCUUCACCCGGAGCCAGCUGGAGGAGCUGGAGGCUCUGUUUGCCAAGACCCAGUACCCAGAUGUGUAUGCCCGCGAGGACGUGGCUCUCAAGAUCAACUUGCCCGAGUCCAGGGUCCAGGUGUGGUUCAAGAACCGCAGGGCUAAAUGCCGGCAGCAGAGACAGCAGCAGAAGCAACAGCAGCAGCCCCCUGGGGGCCAGGCCAAGGCUCGCCCUGCCAAGAAGAAGGCCGGCUCGUCCCCUCGGCCCUCCACAGAUGUCUGUCCAGAUCCUUUGGGCAUCUCAGAUUCCUAUAGCCCCCCUCUUCCAGGCCCUUCAGGCUCCCCCACCACUGCAGUGGCCACUGUGUCCAUCUGGAGUCCGGCCUCGGAGUCCCCUUUGCCGGAGGCCCAGAGGGCAGGGCUAGGGACCUCGCUGCCCUCAGCCCCCUACGCCAUGACCUACGCCCCAGCCUCUGCCUUCUGCUCUUCUCCCUCUGCCUAUGGGUCUCCAAGCUCUUAUUUCAGUGGGCUGGACCCCUACCUCUCCCCCAUGGUGCCCCAGCUGGGGGGUCCGGCUCUCAGCCCCCUGUCGGGUCCCUCUGUGGGCCCCUCUCUGGCCCAGUCUCCCACCUCUCUGUCAGGCCAGAGCUAUAGCGCCUUUAGCCCCGUGGACAGUUUAGAGUUCAAGGACCCCACAGGCACCUGGAAAUUCACCUACAAUCCCAUGGACCCUCUGGACUACAAAGAUCAGAGUGCCUGGAAGUUCCAGAUCUUGUAA